CAAAAUUUUACAUUGUGCCUAAUUAAGCUGGAUAAAUAAAGAAAGAAGGCGUUUAUGAAUUUUUAAACACCUGCCACCUAGCGGUUAUUGGGGUGAAUUAGCCAGUUGCCACGUUGCUGUAAGGACAACAGACUUGGAGCCUCACACACCGGGAGGAUGCAGUUUAUGUUUCUCCACACACGGUGGUGGACACACAACUUCCUGCUAGCUAACGCACAGCUUUGUAUCAGCUUGCUGUCUGGUGGUGGGGGAGCCCGUCCCUUGGCUUCAAAAUGCUAACGGAUCGGAUUUUAGAGGAAGAGUUUGAGAAGGAUGAAAAGUCUUGGUACGACCCGCAGGACCUUGAACACGAUCUCCACUUGGCAGCAGAGCUGGGAAAAGCCCUCCUGGACAGGAACCACGAGCUGGAGCAGGCCCUGCAGCAGAUGUACGCCACCAACCAGGAGCAGCUGCAGGAGAUCGAGUACCUGACCAAGCAGGUGGAACUGCUGCGCCAGAUGAACGACCAGCAUGCCAGAGUGUAUGAGCAGCUGGACACGGCCGCCAGGGACCUGGAGCAGGGCAACCACAAGCUCAUACAGGACAGUCGCCUGUCCCAGCAGAAGAUCCAAAGUCUAACAGACACAAUCGAAGUUUUGCAGACCCACAUGGAGGAGCUGCAGAGUCAGGUGGACAAGCUCAAGACUGACCAGGCAGAGCGCAGACGCAGCCUCGGAGCGCAGAGCGUGUCCUGCCUCAAGGAACUGUAUGACCUACACCAUGACAGGCAUCUAGCCCACAAAAGCCUGCAUGUGGACGGACUCUGGCCACCUCAGGACACUCUCUGCGACCGGGACCGACGUCAAGACCCCGAGGAGGAGAAGGUGGCUCUGCAGCGCUCCAUCCAGACCCUCAAAAGCCAGAUAGCUGUGGAGAGGAGCCGCCGAGAGGCCGCCGAGAAGGAGACUGAGCUGACAGCCAGGGAGUACAGCGGCUUGGAGCAGCGGCUGGCUCUGCUUGCUGGCUGCCAGGCCAGGCUGAGGGAGCUGGAGGCUGAAGUGGAGCAGCUGCGACUUUGCUGGCGCGCCGACUGUGCCAGUGUACGAAGACCGGAUCAGCUGCUGUUGCCGGACACGGUGUUUUUUGCCUCGGAGGAAAAGCCCAGUUCGUGGGAGAGUGAGGCAGAGGAGAAGGCGGAGAACGGCGAUGACCAGAGAAGACACCGCCGCCAGAGGUGCAACAGUGACAGUGUUCUGAGAGCGACCAAUCCCGAUGAAAUCCGCCGUGGCCACGAGCAGCUGUGCAUUAGAAGAGCGGAGGCGGUGAAACAGAGGGGCAUCUCUCUGCUCAACGAGGUGGACGCACAGUACAGCGCGCUGCAGGUGAAAUAUGACGAGCUGCUGCGGCGGUGCCAGCUAGCGUCAGACGAGCUCAGCCACAAAGCCGUCCAGACGUCCAGCAGUCCCCUUCAGAGCGCCCGGGCUCGGCGCCGUCCGUCCAGCGCCGCUCCGUUGGACCUCACCGUGGUUCUGGAGGACGUCCAGCAGCCCGAGUACAAGGCGCUUUUCAAAGAGAUCUUCACCUGCAUCCGAAAAAGCAGGGAGGACCUCGGCGAGAACAGGCGGCCACUGGUGGACGGCGUUCCGCAGGGCUCUGCCUAGAGAUCUGUGAAAAAACGCUGAGGGUGCUUUUUAAUAGAAACACACAGAGCAAGCACAGUGAUGAAAGCACACUUGCUUAUUUGCGUCUCAGAUAUUCUGCAGUCCUCCCACAAUAUCUCCUGCCGUGUUGAUGCACCCGUGCUUCUGUCAGUCUGCACUGUUCCUUUUUGUUCUGUUCUGGUAAAUGUUUUCAGACUUGUUACAUGAAGCAGCUAAACUAUUUAAGGGUUUAUACGCAAACAUGGGAGGUAAUUUUAGAUUGGAAAUAUUUAUAGUAAUAUUUAAUUAUAUAAUAAUUAUAAAUAAUUAUAGUAUAUUUAUAUAGUACUUUCAGUCACUAUGUCUAUUCUACAACAGUAUUCAGUUAAUCGCGACCAGUUGCCUGCACCAGAAAUGUUGAGUAUUGUUUAUUGUUAGAGACAAGGCUGAUGUAUGUGACUUACGUAGAUGGAUAUGAAGCGGAUGUUGAGAUGUUGUAAUAGGUUGACAAACUGUAGCUGUGUAAUAACUGAAUGCUAUCGACAUUCAUAGAAACAGGAGCUAGUUUGCGUUGGGUUUCAUAAGAGUGGCAAUAGUAAGUUAAGGCUCACUGGUGAAAAAUAUUAACGGUCUCUUUGUGUCGUCACAUCAUGUAAAGCUCAAGCUCUGCCAAGUGUCUUUAUGCCAGUAUGGUUCUGCACUUUUUAUGACUGAAUGUGUAUAUUUAUUUUUUGACAGACGUUUCAAAGACUUGCCUGCUAUUUAUUGACUUUGUUGAUGAUGGUUCAAAGCACAUUAGUCAGUGUAAUUACUGUUACACAGUGGAAAAAGAAAGUGAGUGACACCAGCUUUUUCUCACCCACUUCUUCCCAUCUAUGCAACAUAAGUUGUGUUGACCUUGAUUGUGUGAAUAACUGACUAUAUUUCAAUAUUUAUUUCUGACCUUCUACUGUUGAUGUGCUCUGUAUUCCAUUGGUCACUGGUGUUAAACGCAUUUUUGCUUGCAACUAACUAGUAAAUUCUACUGAUGCAUGA